GCUGUUUUAUUUGAAAUGAAUAGGAUGAGAACACAAAAUGGCAUUACGUCACGGACAAUAACAGAAUUAAUCCCACUCUGGACAAUCCUAUGUUGUCAAUUGUGAUGCUCAUACAAUGUUAGAUUCCUAUAUUAGUCUCUAAUUGCAUCGAACCUUUUCACAUUGAUUAGUUGAUACCCAUAUCUUCCAGUGUUGUGAUGUGAGUGUGCCUAAGCCAAGGCAAAUGAACGUGUGCUCUAAACUUUGUUCAUUGCUGCACAGUCACAAAUCCAUGUUCCAUGUCACAACAAACUUCGUAUCAACCACCCCAGAGAAUCCACUCACCAAAUGCAUUUCUCUCUUGCAAUUUUGUGCCUCUUCCAAACACAAACUAAAGCAAAUCCAUGCAUUUUCCAUUAGGCAUGGUGUCUCACUCAACAACCCUGACAUGGGCAAGCAUCUUAUCUUCACAAUUGUGUCUCUCUCUGCACCCAUGUCUUAUGCUUACAACGUGUUCACUGUGAUUCAUAACCCCAACGUGUUCACGUGGAACACCAUUAUCAGGGGCUACGCUGAAAGCGAUAACCCGAGCCCUGCAUUUCUUUUCUAUCGCCAAAUGGUAGUUUCUUGCGUUGAACCUGAUACUCACACUUACCCUUUUCUUUUGAAGGCUAUUUCAAAGUCUUUGAAUGUUAGAGAGGGGGAGGCAAUACAUUCGGUUACGAUAAGAAAUGGGUUUGAGUCGUUGGUGUUUGUUCAGAACAGUUUGCUUCAUAUAUAUGCUGCUUGUGGCGACACGGAAAGUGCAUACAAGGUGUUUGAGUUAAUGAAGGAGAGAGAUCUCGUGGCUUGGAAUUCUAUGAUUAAUGGGUUUGCUCUUAAUGGAAGGCCCAAUGAAGCUUUGACUCUCUUUAGGGAGAUGAGUGUGGAGGGUGUGGAGCCGGAUGGGUUCACUGUGGUUAGCUUGCUAUCUGCUAGUGCUGAGCUUGGAGCUCUAGAGUUAGGACGUAGGGUCCACGUGUACUUGUUGAAGGUCGGGUUGAGCAAGAACUCACAUGUUACUAAUUCAUUGUUGGAUCUUUAUGCAAAGUGUGGGGCCAUCAGGGAGGCUCAACGAGUGUUCAGUGAGAUGAGUGAAAGGAAUGCGGUGUCUUGGACAUCGUUGAUUGUUGGCUUGGCUGUUAAUGGGUUUGGUGAGGAAGCACUUGAGCUUUUCAAAGAGAUGGAGGGACAAGGACUGGUGCCUAGUGAGAUCACUUUUGUUGGUGUCUUGUAUGCGUGCAGCCAUUGUGGGAUGUUGGACGAAGGGUUUGAGUACUUUAGAAGAAUGAAAGAGGAAUGUGGAAUCAUACCUAGGAUAGAGCACUAUGGUUGCAUGGUGGAUUUGUUGAGUAGGGCGGGUUUAGUGAAACAAGCGUAUGAGUAUAUUCAGAACAUGCCAGUGCAGCCAAAUGCAGUUAUUUGGAGGACCUUGUUAGGGGCAUGUACAAUACAUGGACAUUUGGGUUUGGGAGAGAUAGCUAGAUCCCACCUAUUGAACUUGGAGCCUAAACAUAGUGGUGAUUAUGUGCUUCUUUCAAAUCUUUAUGCCUCCGAACGUCGUUGGUCUGAUGUACAAGUGAUAAGGAGGUCAAUGCUGAAGGAUGGUGUUAAGAAAACCCCUGGCUAUAGUCUAGUUGAGUUGGGCAACCGUGUUUAUGAAUUUACUAUGGGUGAUAGAUCUCAUCCUCAAAGUCAGGAUGUAUAUGCACUACUAGAGAAGAUUACAGAAUUGUUGAAGUUAGAAGGUUAUGUGCCUCAUACUGCUAAUGUACUUGCAGACAUAGAGGAAGAGGAGAAGGAACAAGCUUUGUCUUAUCAUAGUGAAAAAGUUGCAAUUGCUUUUAUGCUCUUAAAUACACCACCAGGGACCCCAAUCAGGGUUAUGAAGAAUUUAAGAGUUUGUGCAGAUUGUCAUAUGGCUAUCAAACUCAUAGCAAAGAUUUACGAUAGAGAGAUUGUUAUCAGGGAUCGCAGUAGGUUCCAUCAUUUUAGAGGUGGUUCAUGUUCCUGUAAAGAUUACUGGUAAUAUGGUAAUCAUCAGGAUUUGAUAAUGGCAUCUUGAGAGUCAAGUUCUGCAUUGAUUUCCAAGUACAAUGUGGUGCUUUAAAAUAGAGGCAGUGAGACAUACUUUAAUAUGUUGUAAUAAUUCUCCGCAAUCCUCUCUGCUGCAAGGGUCAACCAAUUCAAUUCAAGCCUCUUGAUACAUGGAUGAGUUAGUGAACAUGCUUAAGAUUAUGGAAGUUUGGUACAAAUUGCGUAUAGAAUGUGUCCUUUUUACUAAAUGCCCGGCCAUUUGUGCUUAAGUACUAACUAUAUGCGCCCUUUCUUUGGAAAACGGGACUUUCUAUUGGCGGAGCCAAGACUUGUCUCAUAUGACAUACUUGUACAUUACAUACCCUCAAGUUUCUGUGCUUUAUUGUGUUCAGUUUUCUUUUCUUGUUUCACUGUUAUUAGGUGAGCCAUGAAAGAUAGAGAAGCCUUAAAUUCAAUAUUUGUUAAAGGAAAAAUGUAAAUACACCUAUUCAACUUUAGCACCUUUGCACCUACACUUGUCCAGAGAAUGUGAAAGCUGUAAUGAAGUUUUGCAAACAGAACAAAUGAUGAAUAUUUUGUUAUAAAUACACCUUUUCAAAUCAGCUCGUUUGCAACUGCAUUUAAGUCAAUGAAGAAAACUGUUUUCUGAA